GGGCUCUUAAGUAACAAUUAGUGGCGCUGUGAACGCAACCGCGACCAGCAAUGGAAGUGUUGAAAGCAAAUGCAGCAUUGCUUAGUAAUCAUGAGGUAUAUACCUUACUGAAAGAUUUGCAAGAAGAAAAGAAAUUAUCCAGGAAUGUGAAACACUCGCAGAAUUUGGCCACAAUAUCCUAUGAGACACUUCGAUACUUAGAGCAGACACCUUGUACAUACCUGAAUGAGGAAGCUAUCCACAAGUUCCUUAUGGAAAUUCAACCAUAUAAUCUGACUAAGGCUGAAAAACUACAAUUGAUAAAUCAUAGACCAACCACAUUAGUAGAAAUACAAUUGCUGAUUGAGGAGAGUGAGGAACGUCUAACAGAAGAGAAUAUGGAGGAAAUCUUAGCUAUUGUUGCUAGGGUUUUACCUGCAAAUGAAAACACCACUGAAGAUACACCCAUGGAGGCUGAUGAAGAAGAACUAGAAGCAGACACAGAGUGAAAUUUAAACUAAUAAUAUAAUCAUCCUUAUGUUUAUAGUUAUAUUUCUCUAUAAGAACUUUCACUUUACAUCUCAUCAAGUAUUUUUGUUUCAUGAUUCUUUGUUAUCUUAUACUUGAAAAUAUCUAAUAUGAAAUGUUAUCAUUCCCACCUUUUUUUCUUUUUCUGUCAAACAAAAUAUUUUGGUUGGCUUUUUAUGGAAUAUAAUCUUUUAUAGUCAGCCCAGAGCCCAUUUCUAAGUUUAAAAAAAAUAAUUGUAACAGAAACUGCUUGGUAAACCCUUUGUUAAAUUAGAUUUUUAAGGUCAAAGUUAAAUAAAAUUACAAUACAGUUAAAAGUAAUAUUCAUAACUAGCAGAGUACGCGGCGUUGCAUAUCCCGAGUUGUUUCGAUUAAAUUAACCAUAUUAAUUGAUUUUUUUUUGCAAAAGAAUCAAAACGAUUUCAAUAAAAAUAAAUGUCUAAAAAAAGUUGGCUAAAGAGUUCUUGAUCAGUGGUCAUGAUAUUACAUGACUCUUGUAUUUUGACUGUAAUCAUACACUUUGCCUGUGUACUUAGUUUUACUAGAACUUUUUUGUAAUAAGAAAUGCAACUUAUCAAUUUUAACUUACAUAACCCCCUUUUUUGUUUAUCCUAAAGUUGCUUAAUUAAUGUUUGUUAUUCAAUUUUUUUUAUCAUAAGCUAUAUAGCCAAAAAAAAAAAAAAGAUGCAUUUAAGGCUAUGUUAGUGAAAAUUUAGGGAUGUUUCCCAAAAUAUAUAUUAAAAAAAUAUGACAUUUUCUUAAUAACAAGAAAGAUAUUUUACAAUAAAAUGCUUGUUAAUGAUUUAUCUGGUAUUACUGGGUAAGCAAGAUUUAUGAUCUUGAGGUAAUAAGUGCAUUUUGAUUAUUUUAUUUAUUGUGCUCUAUCUGGAGAUGUCUUACCCUUAAGUAUAACACUUUUCUAAAGUUUUAAAAUAAUCUUCUGGUUGAUAUUGAAAGAUGACCAGCCACAGAAUGUUUAUUUUCCAUCCUUUUAUUUUUCAGCACACAGUUUUAUAUGGGAAUUACAAAAUCCCUCGGGCAUUGUGAAUCAUAGCAGCAGUAAGGUACACUUAAGAAACUAUGGUAGUACAAUAUGUGUGUUUUUAUAUGUUUUAAAUUACUAAUAUUACAAAAACUCAAGCUCUACAAUUAGACAAACAAUAUUAAAAGUGUUUUACCCUAAUUCUAGACACAAGUGACUAUUUUAUGCAAGGUGAAUCAACCAUAGUUAAAUUAUAAGUUGAUUUAUUAACAGUAUGGAAAGGAAUUGUUUAAUUCAGGUGAUAAUGUAACUUUUAAUAAAAUUAUAAAGGUA